GGGCCCGGGGCGGAGUCGCCCACCUGUCAUCCGAGACGCCCCACGUGGGUCGGCCGUGGGGAGGGGUUGAAGAGAGGGAGAAAAAGCAGAGGCGUCGAGGGAGGCAGGAGUGAGAGUGAGAAGGAGGGAGGCUCGCAGGAGAGCAGAGAGGAGAAGAGAGCGCAGCGCACGACGGCCGAGCGGGGAGCGGAGAGCGGGAGAAAGGACAAGCGGACCUGAGACCCUGCGAGAGAGACAGGUUGCCUAGGCGACGGCCCUGGCCAAAGCGAGGCGCAUUGACGUCAGCAGCCGAGCGCUGAUUGGCUGCGGCCGGUCGUUUCCGGUGGAGCCGCCGCCGCGCCGCUAUCGCAGAGUGGAGCCGGGCUUCGAGCGAAGCGCUGAGGGACCUGGGCAUCGCCGCAGUCUAGCACCUGCAGUCCCGCGUCCGCCGCCGCGCGUCUCUGAGAAUCAUGGCAUCUGGUAGUACCGCCAGUGAGGAGGAGCGCAGUCUCCGGGAAUGUGAACUCUAUGUGCAGAAGCACAACAUUCAGGCACUGCUCAAGGAUUCUAUUGUGCAGUUGUGUACUGCUCGACCUGAGAGACCCAUGGCAUUCCUGAGGGAGUACUUUGAGAAAUUGGAGAAGGAGGAGGCAAAACAGAUUCAGAAUCUGCAGAAAGCAGGCACCCGCACAGACUCAAGGGAGGAGGAAAUCUCUCCUCCUCCCCCUAAUCCAGUGGUUAAGGGUCGGCGGCGACGUGGCGCUAUUAGCGCUGAAGUCUACACGGAGGAAGAUGCUGCGUCUUAUGUUAGAAAGGUUAUACCAAAAGAUUAUAAGACAAUGGCUGCUUUAGCUAAAGCCAUUGAAAAGAAUGUGCUAUUUUCACAUCUUGAUGAUAAUGAAAGAAGUGAUAUUUUUGAUGCCAUGUUUCCAGUCUCUUUUAUUGCUGGAGAGACAGUUAUUCAGCAAGGUGAUGAAGGGGAUAACUUCUAUGUGAUUGAUCAAGGAGAAAUGGAUGUCUACGUUAACAAUGAAUGGGCAACCAGUGUUGGGGAAGGAGGGAGCUUUGGAGAACUUGCUUUGAUUUAUGGAACACCUAGAGCAGCCACUGUCAAAGCAAAGACAAAUGUGAAACUGUGGGGUAUUGACCGAGACAGCUAUAGAAGAAUCCUUAUGGGAAGCACACUGAGAAAGAGAAAGAUGUAUGAAGAGUUCCUUAGUAAAGUGUCUAUUUUAGAGUCUUUGGACAAGUGGGAACGUCUCACUGUAGCUGAUGCAUUGGAACCAGUCCAGUUUGAAGAUGGGCAGAAGAUUGUGGUGCAGGGAGAACCAGGGGAUGAGUUCUUCAUUAUUUUAGAGGGGUCAGCUGCUGUGCUGCAACGUCGGUCAGAAAAUGAAGAAUUUGUUGAAGUGGGAAGACUGGGGCCUUCUGAUUAUUUUGGUGAGAUUGCACUGCUGAUGAAUCGUCCUCGUGCUGCCACAGUGGUUGCACGCGGCCCCUUGAAGUGUGUGAAGCUGGAUCGACCUCGAUUUGAACGUGUCCUUGGCCCAUGCUCAGAUAUCCUCAAACGAAACAUCCAGCAGUACAACAGUUUUGUGUCACUGUCUGUCUGAAACCUGCCUCCUGUGCCUCCCUUUUCUCCUUUUCCCAGUUCAUGCUUCACUUAUGCAGACUGCUUAAUUUUCCCUAUUUGCAGCACCAAGUGGCCACUGGCAUCGCAGCUUCUUGUCUCUUUAUAUUAAAAGUUGCUUUUAUUGCACCGUUCUGAAUUUGGAGCAUUAACUGAAUGCUCACACACAAAUAAAUAGAAAGAGUUCUAUGGA